AUGCAUCGGUCAUUGAAUCAAUCGUCUCUCGAAGAGUCACGGAUCCGAAGGAGUGCAAGGACCGUUUGUGAGUUUGAGGAAUAUUUCUCAUGCGAUGAAAUACUCAUGCUCAGCGAAAGGACUCCUGUCGUCGUAUCGAAAGAGGUCUCAAGACUCGGCUUCCUGGAUCCGUCGAGCGACGAGGAGAAUCUCAAGAAAAACACGAAACUGGAGCUCCCUCUCUGGUUAGCGAAACAUCUCUACAACAUGUACUGCGUUGAUAUUCAACUCCCCGAAGCUUUCAGCUCAUACUCUGUCAACGUCAUGCGUGCUGAUAGUUCCAUCGUCGACUUGAAAAGACUCCAACCGAACUACUACCAGGUCGGUCGGCAGCUGAUGGCUCUCCUCCCCGCUGAAGCUCAGCAGAUCUCGGACCUCCUUGUGACCACGUACAAAGGCAGAUUCCGCAAGAUAUUCGAUUGCGCUCAGAAUGCUGACAUCAAGGAGACCGACAAGGUGACUUCGUCAUUCGAUAAUGAAGAACGGGCCAUGUUCUUCGAGGGUCAGAAGGUACAAUUGGACCUACAGCGGUGGCGCGAUCGAUCACAGCGCAACAAAAUCAAUACUGCUGACUUGGUUGUCAACCAUCGUAAACGAAAGCGGGAAGCUCUCAGAGAAACGAAUUCUUCAACGGCAUGAUGACAGAAGCAGAGUUAAGGGCAUCGUUUUCCAGAAGGGACUCGGGGUAAAGUGACGACAAUAAAGGGUGGAAGAAAAAGAAGUGUAUGCCUCCAAAA